CGCCCGCCUUCACGCCGCCGCGCUGGGAACCGGGAUCAGCGCGUCCGGGCGGCUGGCGGCGCCGGCGGGCGGGGACCGCAGGCUGGGGGCGGCGGCGGAGGGGCCGCGCGCGGAGGGCGCCGGGCGCAGCAUGGGCGGCCCGCGGGCCUGGACGCUGCUCUGCCUGGGGCUCCUGCUCCCUGCAGGCAGCGCCGCAUGGAGCGUCGCGGGAGCCCAGUUCUCCGGGCGCAGGAACUGGUGCUCCUAUGUGGUGACCCGAACCAUCUCAUGCCACGUGCAAAAUGGCACCUCCCUUCAGCGAGUGCUGCAGAAUUGCCCCUGGCCCAUGAGCUGCCCGCGGAACAGCUACAGAACUGUUGUGAGACCCACGUACAAGGUGAUGUACAAGACAGUGACCGCCCGCGAGUGGAGGUGCUGCCCUGGGCACUCAGGGGCGAGCUGCGAGGAAGGCUCUUCUGGCUUUGUGGAGCCCAGGUGGUCAGGCAACACCAUGCGGCAGAUGGCACUUCGGCCCGCCGCCUUCUCAGGUUGUCUCAACUGCAGCAAAGUGUUGGAGUUGUCAGAGCGGCUGAAGGUGCUGGAGGCCAAGGUGGCGGUGCUGGCUGUCACUGAGCGGGCAGUGCCCCCAACCUCAGCUGCCCCCAAGGAUCCUGCCCCACUCUGGGGCUCGCCAGCUGCCCAGGGCAGCCCGGGGGAUGGAGGCUUCCAAGAUCAAGGUGGUGCCUGGGGGCUCCCUGGGCCCACUGGCCCCAAGGGCGACACCGGAAGCCGGGGCCCAAUAGGGAUGAGAGGCCCGCCAGGUCCACAGGGCCCUCCAGGGAGUCCUGGCCAGGCUGGAACUGUGGGCACGCCUGGAGAGAGGGGACCUCCAGGCCCACCAGGGCCUCCUGGCCUCCCUGGGCCACCAGCCCCUGUUGGACCGCCCCACGCCCGGAUCUCCCAGCAUGGUGACCCACUGCUGUCUAAUACCUUCACUGAGACCAGCAGCCAUUGGCCACAGGGACCAGCUGGGCCCCCAGGCCCCCCGGGGCCAGUGGGUCCCCCUGGACUUCCUGGUCCCAUGGGCGUCCCUGGGAGUCCUGGACACAUGGGACCCUCAGGCCCCACUGGACCCAAAGGGAUCUCCGGCCACCCAGGAGAGAAGGGCGAAAGAGGACUGCGUGGGGAGCCGGGUGCCCGAGGCUCCAGGGGGCAGCGGGGAGAACCUGGCCCCAAAGGAGACCCUGGUGAGAAGAGCCACUGGAACCAGAGGGGUCGGGGGCAGGCCCCGCCGAUUCGGGCACCGCCAGCCUCCUGCGGGGCAAGAGGGGAGGACACACAGCCAACUACCGGAUCGUGGCCCCCAGAAGCCGCAACGAGAGAGGCUGAGGGUGGUGUGGCCCCUCGGGGUGGGCUAGGAGCUGCCUCCAGAGACUGCCCAUCCAUAUUUAUUAAUGUCCUCAGGGUCCCCUGUGCCGCCUGGGCCUUUGGAGUAGGUGGGUCUUGUCCUGGCACCCCAUGCACAUUUGCCUCCUCUGAGGCUAAGCAGGGGCUAUGGCAUGAGAGGGAGGGGUGGCCCAGGUGAGAGGCGAGGCCUUGCUCAGGACUCUGGGCCUGUUUCCCUUUGUGACAUGGGGUGAUGAAGGCCUGCAGGGAGUGGAUAACAGGCUCUAGGCUUCUGACUUACCAGCUGCCUGGGCAUCUAGACCCACAGGCACUGAAGGUGUCGGAAGCUGGGGCUCUCCUGGCCCUCAGCACAGGCAGGGGUGAUGGGGGGGGCAGUCUUGCCUUCCCUCCCUACUAGCCGAACCUUGGGCAGUCCAUGCGAGCCCCUCCUUUUCUUGAUUUCUGGUGCUGGGUUCCCACCCUGAGCUCAAGCUGCCUGACCUGACAGGAUGUUGGGGGCUCCUUGCCUCUGUCCUAACCCCUGACCCCCUGUCCCUUCUAUGUCCCAGGGAAGGUGUGUGGUCAUGAGGAGGGAGGGGGCCCCCUGGAGGAGGAUAUCUGCAGGCCAAUAAAGGCCCCCAGCCUUAUUUCCCAUU